CUGUUACAGGAAGUUUGGCAAGUUGUUUGGCACAGCAAAGGUGAUUAUUUGGCGACGGUCGCUGUUGACGACAUCGCGGCAUCUGUGUAUAUCCACCAGUUAAGCAGAGCGAGAUCGCAGUGUCCAUUUACGAAACGAAAAGGUCAUGUCCAAGUUGUCGCUUUCCAUCCGACACUUCCGCGAUUUUUUGUGGCCACCAAAAUACAUGUCAGGGUUUACGAUUUGGGUCGAUGUCAGCUGGUUAAGAAAUGCAUCACGGGCAUCAAACACAUUGGUGCUAUGAUUCCUGAUGUACAAGGAGAGGUAACAAUAGUCUGGUUUUGCUUAUACGGGCUGAAGGAUACACUAGCGAUGGAUUUAAAAACAGAUGGCAACCUCUUCGUUGGUGGAUUGGACCGCAAGUUUGUAUGGUUAGACCUGCAGUUAUCAAACAAGCCCUGGAAGAGUUUCAAACACCACAAUUCCGCGAUCAGAGGAGUGGCUUACCACAACAGAUACCCGCUACUAGCAACAGUAUCGGAUGAUGGCACUGCUAUGGUUUACUAUGCCCGGAUACAUGUUGACUCGUUCAAAGAUAAUGAAAUCUACCCAGUUAAAAGGUUGAGAGGUCACACAACGAUGUUUGUGGUGUCCGUGGAGAGGAUUUCCCUUCAUAUUAAGGUUGAUGGAUUGAGCAUGCUGGACACUGUGUGGCAUCCGACCCAACCGUGGUUGAUAACAGCCGGUGCUGAUGGAACUAUAGCGUUGUUCAGUUACUGA